AUGAGAUUUGAGGGUGAAGAGGUUCCAGAAAGAAGGUUCAGUGGGACAAUCGUUGGCUUUGAGGAUAAUGCUUCAUCUAGGUGGCCUGAUUCAGAAUGGAGAUCUUUGAAGGUUCAAUGGGAUGAACCUGCCUCAAUUUUGCGUCCAGAUAGAGUUUCACCAUGGGAGAUAGAACCACUUGUUGCAACACCUCCACCAAACUCCCAGCCCCCACAAAGGAAUAAGCGGGCACGACCCCUUAUUGUGCCUUCGUCAGUGCAAGAUCUUUCUUCACAUGGUACGUGGAAAUCGCCAGUUGACUGCACUUCAGCAUUCUCCUAUCGUGAUCCAUCACGUGGACGAGACAUCCAUCAAUCGCCUAGAUUUGGUUCUGGUACCAUAGUCAGCAAUCUGAGUUACAAUGAGAUCAUGCAUCCAGUUUCUAGCAAUUCAAUGUACCAGAGCAAUCAAGUAGAAACUGCUGCAGAUUCAUUUACACCAGUUAGUGAAAAGAGACAGGCCAAUUGCUGCAGGCUUUUUGGGAUUGAGCUGCUUGACAGUUCAACAGUUGAAGACACUGCACCAGCAGUUGUGUCUGGGGUUACGAAAGAGGAUUCUCAAAUUCCAGCCUCAGGUGCUGAAUCUGAAAAAAAUUCUGAGCCAUCAAACCAUAAUCCAUCUGAUAUUCCUUCAGAAAGUUUUGAGCCUGAAAAGUCAUGCCUAAGAUCUCCCCACGAACCACAAAGCAGGCAAAUUCGAAGCUGCACCAAGGUUCAUAUGCAAGGCAUUGCGGUUGGGAGGGCAGUUGAUCUAACCAAGUUUGAUGGCUAUGAUGAUCUUCUCAAAAAAUUUGAAAUGAUGUUUGAGAUUGAAGGGGAACUCUGUGGGUCGAGAAAGAAAUGGAAGGUUGUCUACACAGAUGACGAGAAUGACAUGAUGAUGGUUGGAGAUGAUCCAUGGCACGAAUUCUGCACAAUAGUGAGGAAGAUUUACAUCUAUACGAUUGAGGAAGCCAAGAAGCCUUCACUUCCCCUCCCUGAAGUGAAACCUGACAAGCUGGUUCCUGAUGCUGCCAUCAGCUCUGAAGAACAAUCCUUGACUACGGGGUCCGACGACUGA